CCGCCGCCGCCGCCGGGAGACCGCGCCCGCCCCGGCUCCAAGAUGCUCCGCCAAGGGGGGUUUGCAGAGCUGCUGCUGGUGCUGCUGGGGCUGAAGGUGCCCAGCGCCCUGGGCUGCCCCACUGACUGCGUGUGCUACCCGUCCCCCAUGACCGUCAGCUGCCAGGCUCACAACUUCGUGACCAUCCCCGAGGGCAUCCCCGAGGACAGCGAGAGGAUCUUCCUCCAGAACAACCAGAUCACCUUGCUGCUGCGGGGCCACUUCAGCCCCUCCAUGGUCACCCUCUGGAUCUACUCCAACAACAUCACCUUCAUUGACCCCAACACCUUCGAUGGGUUCGUCAAUCUGGAAGAGCUGGACCUUGGGGAUAACCGCUACUUAAGGGCUUUAGCUGCAGACACUUUCCAAGGGCUGGUGAAACUCCAUGCCUUGUACCUGUACAAGUGCGGGCUGAGCUCCCUCCCCAGCGGGAUAUUCGGUGGCCUCCACAACCUGCAAUACCUUUACCUGCAAGACAACCACAUCGAGUUCCUUCAGGAUGAUAUUUUUGUUGACUUGGUUAACCUCAGCCAUCUUUUUCUCCAUGGAAACAAGCUCUGGAGCCUCCAUCAGAACACAUUCAGGGGACUAAUAAACCUGGACCGGCUUGCUCAUCCAAUCAAAAUCCACGCUGCAGGUGGAUUCCCACAAGGCGGGCUUUUCCAUGACCUCCGAAGAAUUGACCACCCUUUUCCUUGUUCAAUAACAGCCUCUCGGAGGCCUGCAGGUGGACUGGCCCUGGCCCACUUUGGGAGCCUGGAAGUUUUACUUAGGCCGACACGGGAACCCAUGGAAGGCUGCGACUGCAAAGCCCACGUUUUCGCUCUGGAAAUGGCUGCACAGGUUCAAAGCUCCAGCUCCAGCGUCAUCUGCGAGUCCCCUGAGCAGAUGCACGGCAAAGACCUCAAGGUGCUAAGAGCAGAAGACUUUAGGAACUGUUCAGGGUCCGAGUCGCUCCAUCAGAUUAAAACACAUACUUUCUCCACAGCAGACAGAGGAGCCUCUAAAACCCAUCACCCUCAUCACUCCUCCAGGGAGAAGGGCAAGGAGAGAGGGGCUGAGAACAGUUUGCACAGCAGCCAGCCCGCCGUCCCCCCCGGCUCCCGGCCGGGCUAUCGCAAACCUGGCAAGAACUGCACCAGCCACAAAAGCCGUAACCGAACCUCCAAACCGGGCUCCUUGGGACCAAGGAAAAAUGGGCAGGAGGUCCCAGACUAUGUGCCUGAUUAUCAGCACAAAUACAGCUUUGGGGUGAUGCCAACGCUGCCCACUAAACGCAAGGGUAAGUGCACCCGGCGGACACCCAUCCGCCCGCCCAGCGGGGUUCAGCAGGCAGCCGGUUGCUCGGGGCUCAGGGCAUCGCUCCUGAUCUUUAUGAUGGUGUUAGCGGCCGUCAUACGCUGAGCACGGAGCGAGUCUGUACUGCCACCAAUCUACAAAGGACCAGAGUUUCUUUUCUUCUUCUUUUUUUGUACGUGGCUAGCGUUGGCCUGGCGAAGGGAAGAACGUUGUCUCGGCUUCUGAUGGUCUCUCUCCGUGCCCGGAAGGGCUGCCAACGCGGACUUGUGCCGAACGCAGCAGGAGCGGAUUAAAAGGCAUUAUCACACCUUGUCACAAACAGCCUAACCGAGCACCUACAACAACAACAACAAAGCCAACCUUACAAAAAGCAGAUAACAGGGAUGGUAGCCAAUUGGUCGGUGACAACAACCGGACACAUGGACUGUAUCCAUGCUCUUGUGAGAUCCCGUUCGUUUGAGAGCGCACUGAAACGACCCCUCCGAUUACUGAAAGGAACAUAACUGCUGUAAAGACGAUCACCGAUUAAGCCUACACUGUUUCUCUGAAAGCAAGUGCAAGGACACGGAUACCGAUGUAAUAAAAACAUUGGUUUUCCCAUGGUUUAGCCCUUUUGGCUCCAAACCCAGAGGCCAAAGUUGGCUGGGAAUCUCUUAGAAGACAAUCUCAACCCCCUGAAUAUCUCAGGCAUUACAGCAGAACAGGGCUUGCCUGCUGGGCUUGGAGUAGCCAACAACCAAAGGAAAGACUGAUUCAAGGUGGAAUGAAACAAAAAACAAACCCCAACAAACCCAACACUUAAAGAAAUGAAGUACCUGCAGGAGGUGCGUCUUUUUGUAACCCAUGUUCACACACCUGAAAAUAAACCCAGACCCAACAGAUGCACAGGCUCCCCCCUCUUCCCCUCAACUAUCCAUAUGUAUGUCUUAUAAUGUUUAUAAACUAUAUGGAAACUAUAUCUUCAGAACUAAGGAUUGUAUUCUUGAAUUUAUAGCAGACCAGUAUAUGAUUUUUCUUUUUCUUUUCCUCAAGACAACCAACCGGCAGCAGUGCCUACAGAUGCUGAAAGCCAUCGGGUGGGCUCAGAACACGCGGGGGGAACCAGGACCAAUGUUCUCAGCCAUUCAGAGCACUAAACGUUGGGAGGGGGGUGGUUGUAUGAGACGCAGCAAAGCCCAUAUCCAGAGAGCCAAAACUCACCCUUACAUCUUAACUUGUAACUGGGGGAGAAAGAGAGAUUAGUUAGUCCAAAUAAAUAGAGCCAUAGAGCUCUGUCUCCAGAGAGAGGUGCAAAGCCCCAAGGAGAAAAGGGGCUUUUGGGGGGCUGGAGGCAGAGAGGGGCUUCCAGCCGUGUCGGUGGCGUGAGGACCUUUAUAGCUGGACUAAGGUUUUCAAUGGGUCAGCAAGGAGCAGUUCCAAGGCUGCAGAUAGUCCUGACAGCAUCAAAAGAGGUUUUUCCUAAGAGGAACAGGUUGCGUCACGGGAAGAGUCAGAGAAAGAGUAAGCUACAGCUCACAGAGGGCUGGUGAGAAGCACAGAGCCCAGGGUUUCUGGUCCACCAUAGGAGAGAAAAAUAGAUGGUCCAAGGCAGCUGUACAAAGCAGGUUGAGGAUAGGUGGAGGAGAGGGAGCAGAUCUGCUUGUUCCCCUCAUCCCGAAUCCAACUCUGUGACAGAGGGAUGCGUUUGCUGGUCGGGGGCAUGGCAGAGCUGGUGGCUUCACCCAGGAGGUGCGAAUUCCCUGUCAGCGUGGAUGUGCGAGACCAAACAGACACUGAAGUUAACGAAACAAGGGAAAUAAAAGUGAUCUUGGACAAGAAAAGGCUGCUGUGCAUUUUGUAACUGUACCCCAAUGGCGGCACAUUUCUAUCCUGUAGCUCAUGUGUAGGGCUGCAAAGCCCAAAGGAAACUGCUUGUGUUUGCCAUCAGACACACCGCUAGCUUCAGGAAGAACAGGUCAGCUCGGGAAAUCCACUCUCCCAACUGCUUUGGGGAUGGAAGAGGGUAUUUAUGCAAUGGCAGAUCCCCUGGAGGUAUCUGGAAUGAAAAGGGAAUUGGCAGCUGGGGGGCCAUGGUCUCUUCUGCCCAUCUCACAAGCGAGGAGGGACAAGGGCUUGCAUGCUUCACUUUUAAACACCCUUCUUGGGAAAUAGCAGGGAGGAGAAAGGAAGAGGUUACUUCAUCAAACCCUCUUCCAGCUCCUACCCAAACUUUUCUGUCUACAGAGCUCUAAAGCUCCACUAAAGGGAUGUCCAAUGCAGCCAGAACAAAUAAUCCGUGAUCUGAAAUAGCUCCCUCAUGUCCUACUCUCUAUAACCAAUAGCAACUGAAUGAGUCUGGCACUGUCCCUUAGAAGUGGAGAAUGUUGUUAUGUUGGUUAUUUCGUUUCAUACUCUGGAAAUCAAAGCUCUCAGUGGGAGAAUGAAGGAGAGAAGCACUUUAUUAAUUUUUUUCUUUAAGGUUGUGUGUAACUCCUGUAAUAUGGGAGUGAAAUGUCAGCACAGGAGAUGCUAAUGCUUUAUAAAUGAUUUGGGUCCAGCAGGCAUGAUGGCUAGCCUUUGAGAUGAAUUAUAUCCGAACAGACUACGCCUGGCUCAAAACCCUAAUUGUAUUUUUAGUAUCUUUUCCUUUAACAUGUAGGAGAAAUAAAGGCAACUCCACGGUGUAUCACAAGCCUUGUCAAUCAAGUGCUCUAACUCCUAGCAAUAAAGGCUACUGGUUUAAAAACCAGAAUGGAGACAUGAUGCGCUGCUAAAUAAGAGAUGUCACUUGACAUGGUGUCGUGCUUCAACCCAGCAGGUAGUUAAACAGCUCACAGCACUUGCUCACUCACUGCCCUCCCCACAGUGAGGUAGGAGAGAGAACUGGGAAGAAGAGAGUAAAAUUCAUAGGUUGAGAUAAAGACAGUUUAAUAGGACGGAAA